AUGCCAGUCUCCCGCUUCCCACUCGGAGCUAAAGAAACGAAAGAGGUCCAAAAAGCUCGUAAGGCCCGGAGAUUAUUUCAACUGAUCCGUGCAACGGGUCCUCGAAAACCACCUGUGAGCGAAACCAUCAAGGAUCGGGAGGGAUUGGCCAUCUCGGAUAAACAAGAGCUCCUCAACCGUUGGGCUUUGAACCUUGAACAACAAUUGUCAUGGAUACCAGCUGGCACCCACCCGGAACCCACAUGUGACGUAGAACCUUGGAUGGCGAGUGUGGAACUGCCUACGGCCUCGGAGGUUUAUGAUUACUUCUCCUCUCUGAACAUUUCCAAAGAUCAUGCCGACCAGUCGGCUGGGUCUCAUGUCUACGUUCCUCCACAUCUGCGCAACCGAGGUGCCAUGUCAAAUGGUUCAUACGCCACAUCUUCCUGUGAUAACUAUCAGGGCCCGCGAUACUCUCGGGGCGCUGGAGGUGACAUUUAUCGCGGCAGGGGUAACCGCGGUGGCUUCAGCAACCGCGGGUCAACUUUUGAUCGGGGACAAAAUGAAAACCGGUGGUCUAAUUUCAAUGGAGGACAGUACAAUUCCAGGGGUAGUGGUCCAGGCUCCUACGGUUCUAGAAGUGGUGGCAGAAGCUGGGGAAACGAGACAACGGAAGAUUGGUCCAAACAACUUCCACCGAAUGAGAGAUUAGAGCAAGAACUAUUUAAGAAGAUCAGCACGGGCAUCAAUUUUGACCAGUAUGACAAUAUUCCUGUUAGUGCUACUGGACCAGACUUCAAUGACGAAGCCUCUGCUAUUUCUUCCUUCUCAGACCUCGCGCUUCAUAGAAUCAUACGGAGUAAUGUAGAACUGGCUCAGUACAAUCGUCCCACACCAGUCCAGAAACAUGCAAUCCCUAUUAUUGCCAGCGGUCGUGACCUGAUGGCUUGCGCACAAACCGGUUCUGGGAAGACUGCAGCCUUCUUGAUCCCUAUUCUUAACAGAAUGAUUGAAGAGGGGCCUGGUGACUCGUUGAACGCUGCGCUCGAAACAAACAGGCGGAAACAAUUCCCUGUCGGUCUGAUAUUGGCUCCUACACGAGAACUUGCAUCACAGAUAUUCGAUGACGCCAGAAAAUUUGCCUAUCGUUCGUGUAUCAGACCGUGCGUACUGUAUGGCGGCGCCGAUAUGCGUGCUCAGCUGAUAGAAGUUUCCAAAGGAUGUAACCUGCUUGUGGCAACUCCGGGUCGAUUGACGGAUGUGAUUGAACGUGGACGAAUAGGACUAGACCAUUGUCGGUUCCUAGUUCUUGACGAAGCCGAUCGCAUGCUGGAUAUGGGUUUUGAACCCCAGAUCCGCCGCAUCGUGGAACAGGAUAAUUUACCACCAUCCGGCACACGACAGACAUUGAUGUUUUCUGCAACUUUUCCACAUGAAAUACAAGUGCUUGCCAAAGAUUUCCUGAGCAGAUAUAUUUUUCUGGCUGUGGGUCGUGUCGGCAGUACCAGUGAAAACAUAACACAGUCAAUACUGUGGGUAGAAGAAAGCACCAAACGCGAUGCUCUGGUUGACCUGCUGUCCAGCUCUGACCCUGGUGUCCUAACUUUGGUCUUUGUCGAGACGAAGCGAGGGGCAGACUCCUUAGAGGAUUAUCUCUUUGCUCAGAAGUUCCAAGUAGCAAGUAUUCAUGGAGACCGGUCACAAGAUGAUCGAGAACUCGCACUUGAAUGUUUUCGAACCGGACGUACACCAAUCCUCGUUGCAACUGCCGUAGCUGCGCGUGGUUUAGAUAUUCCGAAUGUUAAGCAUGUGAUCAAUUACGACCUCCCGUCUGACAUAGAGGAAUAUGUACACCGAAUUGGUCGAACCGGUCGUGUCGGCAAUCUUGGUAUCGCCACCUCGUUCUUCAAUGACAAAAAUCGGAAUCUUGCACGGGGUCUCGUGGAGUUGCUAGAAGAGGUGAACCAGUCAGUGCCAUCAUGGUUACGCGCCCUAGUUACAGAUAGUCGUCAGAGCGGCUUUCCGCGAACACGUAAUAAGGGAAGGGGUGGCGGCUUCGGCGCAAGAGAUUAUCGACAGCCUGCGACCCGUGGCGGCAGUAGCAGCGGCGGAUACGGCAGCGGAAUAUCCAAUCGCUUCGGUGGUGGUAUGUCACGCGACUAUGGUAUGCAGCCUGAUGACAAUCUGUACUACGACAAUUCCACAACCGUCCCAUCGAGGGACAAGGAUUGGUGGGGUUCGUAGGUUGAAUUCGAUCUCGUAUCCACUCUCCACGGAGAUGUAUUCCAUAUCUGAACUCGACAGUUGUUGACCAGACAUUUCCACCCGUUUCUCUUUUGUAAUUAAUACAGUAAGACUUACAGCGUGCCGUUCCCAGGAAACGGACUGCCUUCCUGAUUUCAUCUUUCCCUCACAUCGCUAGCGCCGUGACAGCCAUUCAUACUUGGUUGCCGCCAACGUUGUUUGUGGCUGCCAUGUGCUUUCAAAGCAAGAGUUUAUUUAACUCCUGCUGCAUUUAUCUCUGGCUGGGGAGUGUGACCACACCCGAGAUUCGUAUUUGGUCUGUCUGCUCAUUCACACUUUUACCGAUUAAAUAGAUUUGAAUGAGAAUAAUUUGUUUUAAUGUAUUAUGAAACAUCAAAGGUACAAAAUUCCUGAGGACAAUAAGUCAUAAAUGCGGGAAUUAGAAACUUCUGGAAAUUGUUUGUAAAAUGUACAACGAAUUAUCUCGAGCGUAAAGCUCUCAAGGGUAACGGACUACAAACGCCGGAACGGAGAAUUUCCCUUGACAUCCUUUGUAUGUCAUGCAACGGAUCUUUCCGAAUAUUGGUCUUUCCGCCCAGCCUUGGUCAUGAACACCGCAUAUUGACCACAUG